UUUCAAGAUGGCGUCCGCCAGCAUCGCAGAAGAAGCUGAAGUUUUCGAACCGUCGAUUCAAAAUAUCAUCGAUCAAAUAACGCUGCGAUGGGUAUUUGUCGGAGGAAAAGGUGGUGUUGGUAAGACAACAUGCAGGUACGCAAUAAGACUGCUGUUAGAUUAAGAUUUUGUAGAAUGAUUGGCGUCGAUUUUUUGAUGUGAUAGCUGAAGAUUUCAGAAAACCGUGGUACCGCCUUGUGAAUACUUGGUUUAGGCACGUCCUGAUUUCAACAAUGAUUGGCAAUACUACAUUAAAUUUUCCCGAAUUAUGCCAAAUGUUCACGGUUUUCAAGGUUCGACGGUUGCGAAAGCGUACGUACAAUUCUGUCUUACUCAGUAUGGUUAUCAUGCGAUCAGUCAAGGACUCUUUUACUGAUUAUCGUCCCUAAUCUUUCUUGAAGUUUGAUUUUUUUUUCUAUUUCUCUAUUCUUUGCACUAGUUUGAUAGCCAUCUAGUUGUGAUAAAUUUAUUAAACUAUCGUAUUUAUUGUUUUUAUCAAAGAUGUAAAUAAAAUAGUAAGGUGUAUGAUUUCAUAGAAAAAGAAAGAUUCUGUGAAUCGUUUUUCUAUAUAAUAUAAAAAAAUGUUUGACAGAAUCCACCAGAAGUGAUAAUUCUCUUGGCUCUCAUUAUCAGUCAUCUUGACAGUGAGUAAGAAUUGAUAAACUGAUCCACGAAAAGUUUCCAUGUCAGAUUGAAUCAAUUGAAACGUUUAAAAGGAAAAUUACAGAAAAUUCUACUUUUAGCCAUGCCAUUACUACAUAUAGGUGUAUAUAAAACAGGAGUUCAGGGUGCAGCGUCAAGGAUCAGCAAUGUUAAUAUUGUAAUGCAGAUAAAUAGGAAAAGAAAAUAUGAGAAAUAUGAGCUAAAAAUUUAAUAUCUUUCAAAUCUGUGCAAAAUGUUCAUCAUGUUUGUAUUUUAAUAUUGUUUAGUUGUAGCAUUGCUCUUCAACUUGCUAAAACAAGAGACACUGUCCUGAUUAUUUCCACUGAUCCUGCUCAUAACAUAUCAGAUGCGUUCAACCAGAAAUUUAGCAACACUCCAACCAAGGUUCAAGGCUGUGAUAACCUCUAUGCAAUGGUAAGUUAACCCUUUAACUCCCACAAGUGACCAGGACAGGAUUUCUCCUUACAAUACUAAUCAAAUGUCAAGCAGAAAAGUAAUAAGAAUAAAGGAAAAUAUCAAGGAGGGAGAUUAUCAGUUGAUCCAAUGCCAAAUUCUCCUAACUAAACUCAUAAGAAUUGUAUGGUUGACACUGAUGAGAAUUACUAAUGAGAUCUUGGUGGUGAAAGGGUUAAGCAUUACACACAAAAUUUAAUCUCUAGCUUUAUAAUGUUAACAUCAUUAUGUAUAUUCUCCAUACUGUUCUCUAUACAUGUGCUUUGGUGCUAACAAGGAGAAUUUGUUGACCAAUCAGGAGCUUUAGUUGGUGAUCAUCUUCUUUAUUUGCAUGACCUUAAUGUGUGAUUCACAGAUGAUAUUCUCAACGAGGAUUAGAUGUUAGUCACCCCAAGAUGUCAAAGGGUAAAAAAGCUUAACCAUUGUAUACAUGCUUAUUGUUUCAAUAGGAAAUAGACCCAAAUGUUGGAUUUUCUCAGCUUCCUGAUGAUAUUUUAGAUGAGCCAGGUGAGUUCCUCUUUGUACUUAUACUAUCAUUUAAUUUUAUGAUACAAUAUAUUGAACAUAGUUGAAAUAUUUAUUAUUAGUAAUUAUAAAAUAAUUCAAAUAGUACGCGUGCUCUAAUUGGCCAUAAAACCAUUUUACAUGAGCAUAUGUAAACACGGUUUUCAUUCCUCUUUCAUUAGUUUUUUAUAAAAGAAAUGUAAAAUGGUUUCUGUGUUAACAUAGCCUGAUGUAAACACUUGGGAGGUCGGGAGAACACUCGAUAAGCUGGAAACCACUCCGCUUCACGUCGUGGUUUCCUACGCUUAUCUCGUGUUCUCCCAACCUCCUGCAUGUUUACAUCAGGCUAUGUAAACAUGGAAACCAUUUUACAUUUCUUCAAUGUAAAUACCACACAGGUAAGAAGUGCUUUUUGUACACUUUGAUUGGCUGGUUUGGAAGUGAUUAGCAAAUACUAUUCACUUCUGAGUAGCUGAAGAGACAAAAUUUCCCUGUUGAAAUUCUACUUUCUGACUGUUCUUGGAUAUAGUAACUGAAAUAAACAGAUUUUUUUAGUUUUUUCUGUUAUAUACUAAAACAAUUAUUUACCUAAGUGUCAGUGCAAGUGAUGACUGUCACUAUUCACCUCAACUUCGAUGAAUAAUUGAUAACUAUUAUUACUUGUCACAUUGUUUUUAUCAUCAUCAUCAUCAUCAUUAUCAUCAUUCCUAUCAUUACUGUUGUUGUUGUGGCUGAUAUUUGCCAAAUUUUUUUUGUAUAAUUAAAAUUUGUCAUUAUCAUGUGACUUUAUUAUAGACUUGAUGUCCAUGGGUAAAGGUAUGAUUAAGGAACUAUUAGGAGCUUUUCCUGGAAUUGAUGAAGCCAUGAGUUUUGCUGAGGUUAUGAGGUUUGUCAUCACCAUUAUCAUUAACAUUGCUGUCAUCUUCAUUGUUUCAAUAACAACACAGAAGGGUUUUUCGUAGUAGAUAUUAAUAAUUAACCCUUCAACCCCCAUGAGUGCCAAGACAGAAUUUUCCUUAUAAAGCACACAAGUGAUGAGGAAAAAAAAAAACCCUCAGAGGAUUAUUAUUUAGUCCAAUACCAAAUUCUCCAAACUAACAUCACAAGAACUGUAUGGCAGACAGUAAGGAGAAUUACUAAUGAGAUCUUGGGAGUUAAAGGAUUAGCCUGUACAAAGUUGGUUACCAAGUACGGUUAGCACUUGAGUUCAUGUCUUGGUACCUAAAACCCAAAAUUAAUGAAAGACAAGUUAAUUUAUAGUUGACUUGUGAUUCAGAAAUAUCUUAUUUGAAAAAAAACCCUGGCUGGUCUGAGCAUUGGCCCUUAAAGGACUCAGUGAAUGAGUGAUCAGUGAUCAAGAUAAUUAUCUGUUAUAACUUACUAGUAAACCUUUUCAACUUUCUCUACAAACAGGCUAGUGAACACAAUGGAUUUUAGUGUAGUGGUAUUUGACACAGCUCCAACAGGCCACACCCUCAGACUACUUGCAUUUCCAUCAAUUAUUGAAAAAUCUCUUGGAAAAAUUUUAGCUCUGAAGAACAGUAUUGGACCAUUUGUCUCUCAGGUAAUGUACAUUAUAUUUACCCCCGGAGCAGCUUAUUUCUGUAGCUCUGAGGUGGGGCACAAGGCUAUUAGUGACCCUCAUCUUUUGUCAAGUGAGUAAUCAUGUAACUGAGACAGCCUUACAUGUGUAUGCCUCCAAAUGAUUGGUUAAGGUUAACUUAUAACUACUUUGCUGCAACAGUUUAUUUAAAGUUUAAUAAUUGAUGAUAUGAAGCUGGGAAUAACAUUUUUGGGAAAAUUCAUCAGAGUUCUGAAACUAACCCUUUUUCCAGUCAUGGUUUUAUAUCAAGUCAAAAUUUCCAAAUUUCAAGUUGUCCUAAUUCUUAGAGAGAGAGAGGGAGACAUAGUGUGAUCUUGUGGUCAGUGAGAUAGACUAUGGGUGGAGAGGUUUGGGCUCAAGACUUGGCCAGGUCAUUGUGUUAUCUUCCUGGGCAAAAUAAUUUACUUUCACAGUACCUCUCUUUACCCAGGAGUAAAACGUUUACUAGCAUUGUCAGGGAAGCCUGAUGAAAUGCUGGGAGGGGGUAAUCUUAUGAUGGACUGGGGCCCCAUCCAGGGGGUAGUGGUAAUACUCCUAAGCUCAUCAUACAAAGGAAAACAGUAUAACUUCUGGCUGGAUAUACCACUUGGUCUGAGUGUGGCCUUUAAUUCCCACCUACUGUCUGCUGAACAACGUAUUGAUACAUGUAUCAUAAGGAGGUGUUAUCUGGGGAUCAGCCAUGAAUGACACUGUGAAGUAAGGUUACUUCCCACCUUUGUGGGUGUCUUUCGGGAAAAUAUUUGUAUGUGCACUAGUUUCACUAAAAUUCUAGCAAACUGUACAUCACAAGAAAGCUUAAUAAAUACAGGUUACAAUAAAAAUAUAAUUUAAGAAAGCUUUCUAAAUAACUCAGGUGCUUUUGGAGAUUUUAAUUUUUUUUGGAAAUGUUAGGUAAAAUGUUUGAAUUCAGUUCAGUCAAAUAAAAGAAAAAACGUUUUUUCGGCCUAUGAAGGUGGGAAGUAACCCUAAUUUAAUACGUGGGUUUCCCUUUUUUUUUUUGCUUGUUGUUUAGUUUGGCUCUUUGCUGGGUAUACACGAUAUGAAUGCAGAUCAAAUGACCAAGAAGUUAGAAGACACACUGCCCGUGAUACAGCAAGUCAGUCAACAGUUUAAAAAUCCGGUAUGAGAGAAACUUCUCUAUUAUUAUCGGUGUAAAGAGUUUUUCGAGAGUGUCGUUAAAGCAUAACUAGAGGUAUCACCUCGACCAUUCAGAAAAAAGGGAAGAAUUAUCAGAAGCCAAUGAGAACCUUUGAGUAAGAACAAGCAAACUGCGUAAAGCGCGGGAAAACGCGGGUGAUCAAGUCGCGAUUGGCUUUAGUUUUGCAUCCGAUUGGCUGAGAAAAGGGCGCGAUUUUUCUGGACCAAUCACGGAGGACGCAAGUAAACCGCGUUACUUUUGACAGUCAAUGUACCAGUAGGGUAAUUUAGUUUUAUCAACUGAGUUGAUAAGGUAAAUUGGCCACCGUAGUGUUUCAAGGCUGACGUUUCGAGCGUUGGCCCUUCAUCAGAGCGAAUGGCGAGGGGCUAUUGCUCUAAACGUCAGCUUUGAAACCUUUACGGUGGCCAAUUUACGUUCUAAAUCAACUGAUAAUACUGAAUUACCCUGUUGUACCCUCCCUCCGACGUAGUACUACAGUUUCUGUAGAAACUUACCCCCUUAAUUCAAUGUACCAAUAAUCGAUUUUAAAUUUAACAACUUUCUUUCAGGAUCACACAACAUUUGUAUGCGUUUGUAUAGCAGAGUUUCUGUCCCUCUACGAAACAGAGAGAUUAGUUCAAGAGCUCAGCAAGUCAGACAUUGACACACACAACAUCAUUGUUAACCAACUGAUUUUCCCCGACAAAGAGAAAGGUGAUGUUGUUUUUGAAUCAUUCGCGAUGAUGAAAACGUACCACUAGUAAUUACUUUCCAUGUCCCCUCUUUAGCCAAACUGACUAAGAAUAUUUCUUCUUCGCCUAAGCGAAGUGCGUCCUGUAAUUGGCGAAAAGAAACGUUCGAAACGUCAGCUUUAAACUCUUUACGUUGGCCAAUUUACCCUGUUCUUCUCUCCCACCGACGCAGCACCACAGUUUCUUUAGAAAUUUACCCCCUUUAUCCGAUGGACAACUUUCGCGCAUCUUGAAUGAAUCCAACUGAGAAUAUUUUUUUCUCCUUUCACAGCAUGUGCGUUAUGCCAAGCCAGAUACAAAGUACAGAAUAAAUACCUCGAGCAGGUAAAAACUCGCACUUCUGAAGUUAGAUUACCUCAAAUCUCACGAACCAGUCACUGAAGAGAACGAACAACCGAUUAGGGUAACGAUAGGGGACGAUAGGUAACGAAGGGUAACGACAGGGGACGAUGGGAAACGAAGGGUAACAACAGGAAACGAAGAGAUAAACGAAAUAGAAUUAAGGAUCGAUUCUGUCAGCGAGAGUUGACGAUUUAAAGCACGAUCUAACGAAUGCGAGAGAUCAAAUGAAAGAGCGAGAAGGAAUGAAGAAAGAACGAGUGAACAUACGAGGAACACGUUCAAAUGCACGAACGAACAAGCGAUUAAUGGCCGAUGGACGACCGAACAGACCAACGAGCGAACGAUUGACCUAGCUAAAAAUGGCCGGUGGACGGCCGAAAAAAACAAACAAACGAACAAACGAUCGACCAGACGAGUUGUAGCCGAUGGACGGCCGAUAGACGGCCGGGCAGACGAAGUAACAAACGAUCGGACAGGCGAAUAAUGGCAAAUGGACGGUCGAACAUACGAACGAACAAACGAUUGACCGAGCAAAUUAUGGCCGAUCGACGACCGAACGAACAAACGAGCGAAAAGUAAGAUGACUACUAUAAUGGUAAAGUUAAGCUCCUCUCUCUCCUUUCCUUUUUUGUAGAUUCAAGACUUGUAUGAAGACUUUCACGUUGUAACUCUGCCACUCUUGGCUCACGAAGUACGAGGUCGAGAAAAACUUGAACAAUUUUCUAGAAAUCUGUUAACUCCAUACUCCAACUAGAACGUGAAAAGUUGAAAUAAGAAGGAACAAAAACAUAAACAAAAACAAAACAAAAGUAAAACAAGCAAACAAAACAAAACACAUGAAAUAAAUUUUAACAAGUUUGGAUGAAGCAGAUGUUAUCACAACAGUUGAACUGAGAUGAUUUUCUGUCACUCUAUGAAGUCGCACACGAGGCGCAACUGAGUGUGUCACUGAUGGUCUUCCCGCGUUUUGUUGUGUUCUGUGAGGUACUACUGGACAGACCCACAGUAACAUGGAAUCUUGUUUUUUUAUAAGACAAAGAAGGAAAAUGUUGUUAGUGAUGACGUCAUGUAUGCGUCUGUGUUAACCCUUUACACCCUAACAUCAGUAUGCAUAUUCUCCAUACUGUUCUCUAAACAAUUUCCUAAGGGGCUGACAAGGAGAAUUUGUUUAUCAAUCAAGAGAAUAUUUAGUUCGUGAUCAUUUGCUUUAUUCUCAUGACCUUACUGUGUGAUGCAGGGGUUAUACUGUUGGGAGAAAUUAUAUGAGUCACUCUCAGGGGU